CCGAAGAAACGGGAUAAAUCUGGAAGGAAACGCUGAAAAAAAAAAACAACCAACAACAUCUUGAGGAAGAGAAAAAAAAAUGGGAUAACGAAACAAUUACAUUUACUUCACACCGGAUCCCGCCGCUCGAUCCCGUCCUCCGAGAAACUCAGAUGUUGUCGUCGCCUGCGUUUUGCGCUUUUUUAUCCAUUCUCCUUGAGCGCAGCUGGUACAAAGGCGCUUGGUCCGGAGCAGCAGCAGCAGCAGCAGCAGCACCUGGGAUUACAGCCACAUGAAUGGACCAGAGUGACCAGAGCCUGAGGAUGGUGGACACAGACAGUGAGUAAACCAGAGCUGGAUUAAAACACUUUUUUUUUUUUUCCCCUUUCUCCUUUCUCUGUGGGAAGCAGACCACCCGUGUUCCCCCCACCAAGACCUACUGUCAUUGUGUCGAGGAUGAUUUUUUAAAAACCUUAUUCUUAAAGUGGCCUUUUCUGGAAUAAUGCACGAGCAACACGAGCUCUGUCACAGCUUUUUAUUCCUUUUUAUGUCUCACACAUUCCCCGGGUUUCCUCUGACUGAACAGCCAGUUUCUCUUGUUCAGAAUGGGAUGUAUUGUUGCGACUGCGCAACCCACGACAAGUGUCAGCAAUUAGACUGUGUGUGUGUGAACGGGUUACCUCAAGGCCUGGUCUAAACACUGCCACUGCUUUCUAACUGGAUUUGGCCAUUGUUGCCCAGAAGGAUUCUGUGGGAAACUGGACUCAAUUUUUUUUUGUUUUAAAAAGGGGGCCAAACUGUGCACUCUUGGCAUCGUUCCCCCCUGUGUGUGUGAACCAGGGCCGGUCACAGAAAUAAAUUAGGCACAAUAUGGUGGAGCCGGUGGGAUUCAUUGAAGCGUGGAAGGCACAGUUCCCUGAGUCAGAACCCCCCAAGAUGGAGCUGCGAUCGGUCGGGGGCAUCGAGCAGGAGCUGGAGAAGUGCAAAGCAUCCAUUAGACGCCUGGAGCAGGAGGUGAACAAGGAGCGCUUCCGCAUGAUCUACCUGCAGACCCUCCUGGCCAAAGAGAGGAAGAGCUACGACAAACAGCGGUGGGGCUUCAGGAAGACGCCGCUCAACGAGGGGAUGGACCCCGCGGCCACACAAGGUGCAGAGUCCCAAUCCCAGCAGCCCCACAUGCAGGAGACUGGUGGAGUUGGUGUUGUAGUAGGUGGCAGUGGAGGAUAUGGCGGUGUGAGUGGGGUUCCUGGGGAUAGGAGCCGCUUCCAGCCUCUUGGAGAUGGAACUGGCAGGACCAAACCCAGGCCUCCGCCAGCCAGAAAGUCAGCCUCCCACGGCGACGGCCUGGAGUCGGCCUUUGAGGUUCCCCAGCAAGCAGAGUCAACAUCCUGUGACAACCUGGACGGCCUCUCGCCAUCAAAGCAGAGAGGAGGUGUCACCGUGUCGCCCCGCAGGCCCACCCUCCCACCCCCAGACAAGGACCUGCCGUCUGACCCCAAGGACAAGCUGGGGAUGGGACUCGGCGUGGCAGCUCUUAGAUCCAACUUUGAGAGGAUCAAACGGGCCAAUUCUCACUCCGCGGGUGAUGUAGCGAAGGGCCAGGAGAAGCAGCCGCUGCCGCCGCCACCACCCUUCUACACCAACAUGGAAUUCCACCACGAGAGGGGUUUGGUCAGGGUCAACGACCGCGACGUCUCCGACAAGAUCAGCUCCCUGGGCAGCCAGGCCAUGCAGAUGGAGAGGAAGAGGUCUCUACACUCCCUCCCAGGUAAUCUGGCGACGGUGGCAGGGGAGCUCCGUGCCAGGCCGGUGUAUCGAGGACGAUCCACUGAGAGCACCUGCGGCUAUGAUGCAGAAUACGAAGAUGGGGAGCCCAACCAGCGGCAUUCAGGAAGAGCCAACGGGGGCAAACCUCCACCCCCUCCGUGGCAGCCCUCCGAGUUCCAGGCCUACUCCAGUGUCUAUGUCGGCGGGGUGAUGAUGGGUGAAGGUGGCAGUGGAGAUGGAAGAGGGGGUGGUGGAAGUGGGAGUGGCGUCACCAUGAGGGACCACGGUGGAGGUGACGACCACCUCCUGACCUGGCCACGCCGCUCCUACUCCCCAGGCAGCUUCGAGGACGUGGGCGGAGGCGGCGGCUACACGCCAGACUGCAGCUCCAACGAGAACCUGACGUCCAGCGAGGAGGACUUUUCCUCGGGCCAGUCCAGCCACGUGUCGCCCAGCCCCACCACGGCCUUCCGUCGGCCCUUCAGAGAGAAGAGCCGCUCGCCGUCCCAGAACUCCCAGAACUCCCAGCACUCCUUCGACAGCAGCAGCCCUCCGACGCCGCAGUCCCAGAAGCGCCACCACCGGCAGCAGGGAGGCCAUGUGGUCAUGUCCGAGGCCACUAUUGUGAGUGUUCGCAAGACUGGCCAAAUCUGGCCACCUGCUGCCCAUCAUGACCUCCUGCCCCACGGUAGACCGUCCCAUGACAACAGUUUCCAUGGAGACCACUUAGACGGUCAUUUCACGGGGACCCCUCCAACUUAUGGGUAUGAUGCAGACCGAGCGGAGGAGCAGCGGAGGCACCACGACAUCCUGCCGUACAUCGACGACUCGCCGUCAUCGUCUCCACACCUCAGCUCCAAGAGCCGCAGCAGCCGGGACACGCUGUCCUCUGGAUCACUGGAGUCGUCCAAGUCGACUGAAUGUGACCUGGAAAAAGGUUUGGAGAUGAGGAAGUGGGUCCUGUCUGGGAUCUUGGCCACGGAGGAAACGUACCUCAGUCACCUGGAGGCGCUGCUGCUGCCCAUGAAGCCUCUGAAGGCCGCCGCGACGACGUCACAGCCGGUGCUCACUGUGGCCCAGAUAGAAACCAUCUUCUUCAAAGUGCCUGAGCUCUACGAGAUCCACAAGGAGUUCUACGACGGACUUCUGCCCCGCGUCCAGCAGUGGAGCCACCACCAGAGAGUCGGGGACCUCUUCCAGAAACUGGCCAGCCAGCUGGGAGUUUACCGGGCGUUUGUGGACAACUAUGAGCUGGCGGUGGAGACGGCGGAGAAGUGCUGCCAGGCCAACACGCAGUUCGCUGAAAUCUCUGAGAAUCUGAAGGUGAGGAGCCCGAAGGACUGCAAGGAGACUGCCAAGAACUCUCUGGAGGCUUUACUGUACAAACCGGUGGACAGAGUGACGCGCAGCACGUUGGUGCUUCAUGACUUGCUGAAACACACGCCCACCAGCCACCCGGACCACCCGCUCCUGCAGGACGCCUUGAGAAUCUCCCAAAACUUUCUGUCCAGCAUCAACGAGGAGACGACGCCCAGGCGCCAGUCGAUGACUGUCAAGAAGGGAGAGAACCGGCAGCUGCUGAGGGACAGCUUCAUGGUGGAGCUGGUGGAGGGAGCCAGAAAGCUGCGGCACGUCUUCCUCUUUACCGAUCUGCUGCUCUGCGCCAAGCUGAAGAAACAGAUCGGAGGUAAAAACCAGCAGUACGACAGUAAGUGGUACAUCCCCCUGACUGACCUGACCUUCCAGGGCCCCGAAGAGACCGAGCCGCUCACCAUCCCUCAAGUCCCGGACGAAGAGCUCGACGCCAUGAAGGUCAAGAUCUCGCACCUCCGCAGUGAGAUCCAGAGAGAGAAGAGAGCCAACAAGGGUUCAAAAGUCAUCGAUCGCCUCAGGAAGAAGCUUUCCGAACAGGAGUCUCUGCUGCUGUUGACGUCUCCGAGCAUGCCCCUCAGACUCUACAACAAGAACGGAAAGAGUUACGGUUUCCUGAUUUCAUCGGAUUACGAACGUGCAGAGUGGAAGGAGAUCAUCAAGGAACAGCAGAAGAAAUGUUUUAAAACUUCCUCGCUGACUUCCAUGGAGCUGCAGAUGUUGACCAGUUCUUGUGUCAAACUGCAAACUGUCCACCACAUUCCGCUUAGCAUCAAUAAAGAAGAGGAUGAAUCCCCCGGUCUCUACGGGUUCCUGAAUGUAAUCGUCCACUCUGCCUCCGGCCUCAAACAGAGUUUGAAUCUCUACUGCACAUUGGAGGUGGAUUCCUUUGGCUUCUUUUCAAAUAAAGCCAAGACGAGAGUGUAUCGAUACACCACUGAACCCAAAUGGAAUGAGGAGUUUGAGAUUGAGCUGGAGGGCUCUCAGACCCUGAGGCUGCUCUGCUACGAGAAGUGCUACAACAAGACCAAGCAGAACAAAGAGGAUGGAGAGAGCACAGACCGCAUCAUGGGGAAAGGACAGAUCCCGCUUGACCCUCAGACGCUCCAAGGAAAAGACUGGCAGAGAACCGUUAUUCCCAUGAACGGGAUCGAGGUGAAGCUGUCCAUGAAGUUCACCAGCAGAGAGUUCAGCCUGAAGAGGAUGCCCUCGCGGAAACCCAUGGGAGUGUUCGGAGUCAAGAUCUCCACCGUCACCAAGCGAGAGCGCUCCAAGGUGCCCUACAUUGUCCGGCAGUGCCUGGAGGAGAUUGAAAGGAGGGGCAUGGAGGAGGUGGGCAUCUACCGAGUGUCGGGGGUGGCCACUGACAUUCAGGCCCUGAAGACUGCCUUUGACACCAAUAACAAAGAUGUGUCGGUGAUGAUGAGUGAGAUGGACGUCAACGCCAUCGCGGGGACCUUGAAGCUUUACUUCAGAGAGCUGCCAGAACCGCUCUUCACUGACGAGCUCUACCCUAAUUUCGCAGGCGGCAUCACUCUGUCUGAUAGCGUCGCCAAAGAGAGCUGCAUGCUGAACCUGCUGCUGUCACUGCCAGAGCCCAACCUGGUCACAUUCCUUUUCCUUCUGGAUCACUUGAAGAGGGUGGCAGAGAAGGAGUGCAUCAACAAGAUGUCGCUCCACAAUCUGGCAACAGUGUUCGGGCCGACUUUGCUAAGACCCGCUGAGAAGGACAGCAAGAUCCCCGCUAACCCCACGCAGCCCAUCAGCAUGGGGGACAGCUGGUCCCUGGAAGUUAUGGCACAGGUCCAGGUGUUGCUGUACUUCCUCCAGCUGGAGACGAUCCCCACGCCGGACAGUAAACGACAGAGCAUCCUCUUCUCCACCGAAGUAUAGAGCUAACGCUGACUCUGUGGGACUUUGACCCGAGAAGGUGUGAAAAAGAGACGGACACUGGCUCAAAGUGAGCCUAUUUGUAGUAUGUUUUUGAAUUGACUGACUCCGUUCGGCUCUUGCGGCUGGGAAGGAUUGUCUCCGGCGAUACCUGCUGUGCUUGAACACAAGAGGGUGCCACUGGGCCUCCGACGCUCAGAGGAUGCGAGGUCCCUGCCAUUCAUAUCUCUCAUUACCUGAUAGUUAGUAUGAUUCCUUGUACCUCCGGUGAUUUUUAUGGGUACAUGCGCCAUCCACAUUUCCCCACCUUGCUUUUCGUCGGUCUCGAUGCUGAACCUUUACAGACGAAGACGUUGGAACGAUCGAAAUCAGACCGCAAAGAAGGAAACGUGUCUCGUCUUGAUUCUUGGAAAUGGUUUCGCCCACAAAUCUCUGCGUAUCUUUGCGUUUGGGGCAUUGUUCUCUAUUUGUGUUUAUUUUUGGACAAUCAUUAAGUCAUCUCAAACAUUGCUUCACGUCCUGUUGAGGAAAAGAAAAAAACGUGUGUCUUACAUCAUGUCGGUGCAUUCUUUGAGACAAGAGGAAACAUUUGUGCUGUGUGUUGGGAGCCGAGAGUGCAGAGCUGCCACCGUACUGGCUUUUUUUUUUUUUUUCUUUUUUCUUUUUCUGUGUCGAAAGAGACACAGGAAGCCAACACCGAUGGAGAGCAGCAGCAGGUGACUGAAGAAGACGAACAGCAACUCCCGCUGACUGAUCUUAGAGACCACAGGUUCAGAUCGUUGCUGACUAUUGAGUCAGACACGAUGUUUGAAGACACUCGGUGUCUCAGGAAAACCUCAGGAAGCCGCAUUUUGCAGAUGAGACAAAUUCUGGGUUUUACAAUCUUCCAUUUAAUACAAAAACAUCCCAAACAUUUUGUUUGCAAGUGGAGAAGCUUGUUGAGAAGUGACGAGUCAUUGGUGUUACUAAAACACAUGUAGACUGGCUGGUUGGACUCCUAUGUCCCCCUCAACAACAGCAAGUGUAAAGAGCUGGUCCACUGUUUAAGGACCAUGAUGGAAUUAGCGUUGCUUCUCCUGAAUUUAAAGUUCAACAAAUGGUCAAGGCUAUCUUCCAACAUAAAGUAAA